GAGGUAAACAGACCUUAGAACAAGACGGUUUCAAAAUGGCUACCUUUAGCCCACACGGGGUUUCGCAUGUUAGCUAGUUAGCUUGCUAUAUUUGAUAUGAUGAUGCCAAAACAUACCUGCAAGAUGUUCAUCAAUAAAUAUUAUACAAAAUAUAUUUAGACGUAAUAUUCCAUCGAUGAUUAGCAUUGAAAUACUUUCUUCCUGUUAUGUGCCUCUAGAUGAAGAGGCGUUCUGGUGUUUGUUUAGGUUUUUGGAGCGCGUUCGCGCAGCUUACUGGUGGUACGUUGAAGUUCUUGAAAAUAAUAUUGCAGCCUGGCGCGUUGCAUGGUGUGUUUCAAACUGAACAGGAGCGUGGAAAAAAGUAAAACAAAUAAAAAAGGUGUUGAGGCUUAGAAACAAACUAGAGUUACAUCAAAAUUGUCCGUUUACACUAACUAGUACAAAAACAAAAUACUAGCUAAAUAUUUCUGAUAUUGAACGCUACUCACUAGCUCCCAGGCGUUCUAUUAAUCAAACCUUGUGGACAUCGAACUUUCGCCAGACACUGUGAAUCGAGAAAACGACCUUACACACCCCUGCUAUGGCUAACUUUUAAGUGGACUGUACCGCGUGAAGAUCAAGGAUUGAAAAUGUUCUCAUUUGCAUUGAAAAGGCACUUCAAUCCCUGUGUGGGUCCAUCAUGGCGAUCUCUGCAGUGGGUACUCAGUGGGUCCAGCUGCAUGGUGAAGAGGGAAUGUUUUUACACCCGUUCCAACCCCUUGUCGCCACAAGUUCCCUCGGCAACGUCACUACUGUUCCCGAGACUAGCCUCCUCCAGGCUUCUGAGCCUCAGGUCCCUGAGCUUCUCUGUCUCUUUGCUCUGCCAGGGUCACCCCGUGCCCACGGACCCUGGGAGAAGACAGGAGAACCAACAGCGCCUCAGCAUGAAAGCCCUGGCCUAUGCGCCCAAGCCUGCUUUGUACCUCGGCUUCUUCGGCCUCCUUCCAUUCCUGGGUGCCCCCCUCCUGAUGGCUGUGACCCAGUCCUACCUCCCUGAGGUGGCCUACGCCCAGGUGGUCUACGGGGCUUCAAUCGUGUCCUUCCUGGGUGGGGCCCGCUGGGGCUUUGUCCUGCCUGAGGGGAGCCCUGCCCAGCCCGACUGGAUGAACCUUGGCAACAGUGUGGUGCCCUCCCUGCUGGCCUGGCUGGCUCUGCUCUGCAGAGACAACAUCACAGAGGGAGCCCUUGUGGUCAUCAUGGGGCUGGGCCUGGCCCUGCACUAUGACCUCACACUGCUGCCUGGUUACCCCGACUGGUUCAAAGCCAUGAGAACCAUACUCACUCUGGUGGCUACCUUUUCCCUGGUGGCCACACUGACAUUGCAGAAGAUGUGCCCGGAGAAGAAGAUCAAGGCAAAAGAGAAUUGACUAGGUAAUUACUAAGGGAUAUUAAAGUUAGCACUUGAAAGCUAAAUUCUCUCAUUGUGAACAGUGGAACUGACCAUUGUGGGAUUUGUUCAGUAGGAGCAAACAGGGAGAAAACAACAUUAAAAAAAUGGAAAUGGUGCAACGCAACAAACCUUUCCAAUAAAAUACAUUUUCACUGGAUUUCCUUUUAAUCAAUGUGCUACUUAGACACUUCUGUACCUCAACAGGUGAGUGGUGAAAUACAAUUUCACGUUGUAAUCUAGUGCCGCUGCUGAAAUGAAGGUGAUACAAGCUCAUUCCAACCAAGGGGACAUUUCUCAGUGUUUUAAAAUGGUGACUACUGUGUACUGACUAAAAAGGCACUGAUAUUUACAGUGGUGUUAUAUGGCUGCAUUUCAGUCAAUGAGCCAUAUUAAACAAAUACUGAGUGCAACGGUUGAAGCCCAUCGCACUAGCAGUCAGUCGACAUGGAUAAUGGACAACUCUCAUGUAAGUUAAUAGUUUGGAUGUUAAUUUUAAAUUUGACACUGAAGUUGGGCAAAAAAUAUUCUUCAAAUAUACAAUCAAAGUGCAUAGGUUGAAACAAUUGAUAGGAUAUCAGUGACGGAUAGCUAUCUCAUUCUCAAAAACGGACAAACAAUCCUUUACACUUAUGUAAAAACGUAAUGGUCCUGAAAGUACCAAUGUUUAAGUCCACACAAAUUAGCAGAGAAAAUACAGUAAACAAUGAAAGCUAUUUACCCUCCAGGAUCACUGACACACCUCUGAAACAGAGCAGGUAGUAUAUGACUGAGUGAUGGAGACAGACAGGUCUGCCAUGUAACUGACGGAGUAGGUACUGCAGUCUCGCUAGCUCAGUUGAAUCAACAGUCUCCCGGUUGGCAGUCUCCCAGUCAUCUGUUUGUCUGUGUACAAUGAACUUCUAGUUCAGUUACAUAAAAGCAAUAAACUAUCCAAAAUAACA